AUGGGAUCCUUGGGCCCUGCAGUGAGCGUGAGCAUGGCCAAGGCCAACGGCGGCACGGCUGCCGUCGGUGGCCAGAAGCAGCAGCAGAAGCAGGAGCGCGGCACGUUCAGCUGCGGCUUCCGGAUACCGCUGCACUACCCGCGGUACAGGAAGGCGGACUACGAGGCGAUGCCGGAAUGGCGCGUCGACUGCCUGCUCCGAGAGUACGGCCUCCCUGUCACCGGCGACGUCGAGGAGAAGAGGAGGUUCGCCAUGGGCGCCUUCCUCUGGCCCGGCCAGCAUUGA